AUGGUCCGAUCAGAAAUAGUUUCCGAUCUCACUGGUGACGAAAUCUCAUCUAUCUAUCUAUCUAUCUAUCUAUCUAUCUAUCUAUCUAUCUAUCUAUCUAUCUAUUUCUUCAGCUUCCAAAAUUUCUUUUUUCAUUCUGGGAUUAAGCUGAACGUUUUUGUUUUUUGUUGUUUUUUUUUGUUUUUUGCUUUUUCUCUCUCUCUCUCCCUUCUCUCUCCCUUUCUCUCUCUCUCUCUCUCUCCCUUUCUCUCUCUCUCUCUCUCUCUCUCUCUCUCGCGCUUUUUCUUUCGUUCUUUCUUUGUCUCUCUCUCUCUCUCGUUUUUUUCAAGACCUCUACUUUUUGCUUGCCAUUUUCUCUUUCUCCAUUGUAAAGAUAUAAUUUUCGUAUCUGGCUCGUUUACUGGCAGCCACAUUUCUUUCUAUCUAUUUGCACUCUGCUGUCUCUGCUCUGACACAAAAAAUGCCAACCGCCUGCAUUGA